UGUGUCUUAAUUUUCUUCAGAACUAGAUAUUAAAUCAAUGAAUACCUUAAUAAAUAGUCUACCUCUACAUAAUCAAAAUCAUGUACAACAAUUUGAUGGCUUUAAGUAAGAAUUUCUGUUGAAUUAUUAUCAAUACCUAAUAGGUGAAUUCACAAAUUAUUGAGGACUUAAAAAGCAACAAGAAGGUUAAAGUUGUGUUGGCCACUGUUGCUCUGGGAAUGGGUGCCGACCUUCGAAAUGUGAAGCAUGUAAUUCAUGCUGGCCCACCAACCAGUCCAGAAGUCUAUGUACAAGAGGUUGGACGAGCUGGAAGAGAUGGCCAGGCAGCAGAAGCCAAGUUAUAUUUCAAUAACUCUGAUCUAGCAGAGAAGCCUAUUGAUAACAGUAUGAUAGAGUUCAUUAGAUCAAAGUCAUGCAGGAGACAGCAUCUAUCUGCAUAUUUUGAUGCACCCUUUGAAAGUGUGGAUAACUGUUGCGAUGUUUGUUGUAAGGAAGGAGCAAAUGUUAUUGGUUUUAAGGUUCCUUCGCUGGAACAAAGGCAUUAUGUUAGACUUUCUCUUCAGACAUACAUAAAUGCCGACCCUUCAGGAGAGUUAGGAUUUAUUAUGUCUGAAGAAAAAGUCCAGAUUAUUGUUGAUUGUUUUGAAUUCAUUAAAGAUGAAUCAUAUCUUUCUAAAUUGCUAAAUUCAAGUGUUCCUGAGUCAGUUUCUAGUUCACUUUUUGCUAUCUUAUCAUCAUUUCAAAAUGACUGAACACUGUACGGUACAUGCUGUAAAUGGAUUGAUACAUUGUGUCUGUUUAUAUUGCUUUAUGUCAGUUAUACAGUACUUAUUUUCUUUCUUCAUUUUGCAAUUCCAAUUUCUAAUAACACAUUGAUUUGCCAAAAAAGUUUAUAUGUAUCCUUUAAACUGUGAUUCUUGCUUAAUGUGCAUGAAUAUUAAUGAAACCAGGAUAUACUAAACUAGAAUAAUAAGUAUGAUUAGUAUAUGAGCACAUUAUGAUGACUGUCACAUUGAAAUUCAUAUUUAUAAGGACUAAUUAA